UUUGGAAGAUCAGAAGAUGGAAUCUUGGAUGAAAGACAAAUUUGACGAAUUGGGCGAAGAUCUGAAGAGCGAAAUAAGGGAGCAGCACAUAGCAACUGUUAAAGACCUGAAAAUGUUUGUUGAAAGGAAAUUAAGGGUUACACAGACAGAAGCAAAAGACAUAGAAAAUGAAGAUGAGGAGAUUUCAGAUGUAGAAGAGAAGACAUCAAGCACUUCUGAAGAUGAUAAAGUGCUGCAGAUUUCAGAUACAGAAGAGAAGAAAGAAGACGAUAGGGAAGAAAGUUAUCCACCAAGUUUCGUUUUUGGUAGAGGAAAAGGGAAGAGACAUUUACAGCUGCACCCUGAUUGCAGUGAGCCAGCAUCAACAGGAAGUUCCAUGCCUGACCAAGAGAGUUGGCUGAUACAAUACAUGCUGAGCCAAUUUUCACCAGCAAGUUCUAUUCCUGGGAUGGGGUCAGUUCCAUCCGGCUCCGGACUACAGAAAAGAAAAAGUAGCCAAGGUGAAAUGCAGCCAUCUGGGUUAGUACCUUCCUGCUCCAAGCUACCGAAAAGAAAACGUAGCGAAGAUGAACAACAGCCAACUGGCCUACUUAAAGUACAGCCAUCUGAUCAAGUUGAACAACAGCCAUCUGUGUCAGAUGUUGCAACUGCAGCCUCCACAGUACUAAAAAGAAAAAGUAGCGAAGGUGAACAAACGCCAUCGGCAUCAGCUCUUGCAAAAAGUAAAGUUAUUUUCAGUGAAGAACAGAGUGAAUUCGUGGGGUCGAUUGCAGCAACGCUAAAUUGGUCAGUGAAUGAAACCGCAUUAAAAAUAAUGUUGUCUAGAGGAUUGGAAAAAGGAGUCUUCAAGAAGAAUGAAUUCACCUUGACGCAACUAAAGGACAAAGUGAAAAACCUGAGGAAGAAGCCAAUGACGAAGCUUACCUUGUAGGAUUGUUUACAGUUCACGGAUAUCCAGCUGGCUAUAAACAUUUGAACAUUGUUACGUUCAACAUUUCUUUUUAAACAUAUGUUUUUGUACAAUCAUGAAUUAAGACAAUCAUGACGCCUGUCUGUUUGACAGUGACAUUUUAACUUUUAUUUCUCUUAUUCUUUGUUAGGGUUAUUUAUUUUAUACAUUAUUUAUAUACGUUGUGACAAUACAUAUUUUCCAACUUAUUUCAUUUCACAUUUCAUGUAUAUAGUUCCAAAAAGGCAUCUGACAUGCAUGUUGUAAUUCAGGAAUAAAGGUAGUCUGUUG